AUGGGUUUGCGAUCAAACCCCAGGAAGAGUGAUUUCUCUUCCCCCCUUGUCCUUUUCUUCGUUCUCUUUGCCGUCUCUUGUGUUUCUGCUCAGGAAUCUGGGGCUGGAGCUGAUAGGGAAGAGUCAAUUGGAUCAAUCAAAGAUCUGGGCCGGCGCAGCAAAAUUUUUGUUGACAAACUCAAGGCUAAUGCUAUAAGUGAAGAGAAUGAUCCCGAAUCUGUUGGUGUUUCUCUCAACUUGGGUUCUGGUCUUGGAACGUUUGAUGCAUUCGUUGCAAGUUUGUCGAUGAUUAUCGUCAGUGAGAUUUACCGCAUUAUAUUUCAUCUGUCAUGUGAUCCUGGCAAUGAAUUGUUUGUCUUUAUUAGUAUUGGAGAUGAAACUUUUAUAAUAGCAGCUCUUAUGGCGAUGCGUCACCCUAAGUCAAUUGUUUUAUCUGGUGCACUAAGCGCUUUGUUUGUAAUGACGGUACUUUCUACUGGACUUGGUCGGAUAGUGCCAAAUUUGAUAUCAAGGAAGCAUACAAACAGUGCAGCUACAGGUUUUUUAUUUCAUAUAUUUUUUGAUCAUGAUACUAGCUAUUGA